GUAUAGCGCGUCAAAAUGGGUGUACCAAGAUGGGGAGUUUUUAAGAAUAGUUCCAUCACGUGACUAGUAAUAAAAUGGCGGCAGUUACGGAUGAUGCAGAUCUGGAGACCUCAUUACUGAGCUUUGAGAAACUGGAUCGAGCAUCACCAGACUUGUGGCCUGAACAGCUCCCAGGAGUUGCAGAGUUUGCCGCUUCUUUGAAAAGUCCAAUCAAAAGCACACCUCAUAAAUGGAUGGCAGAACUUGAGAAUGAUGACAUAGACAUGCUGAAAGAGUUGGGAAGCCUUACCACAGCCAACUUGAUGGAGAAGGUGCGGGGCUUGCAGAACCUUGCCUAUCAGUUGGGACUGGAUGAAUCAAGGGAAAUGACACGAGGAAAGUUCCUAAAUAUCUUGGAGAAACCAAAGAAAUAGUCCUUUUGUAAGAUGUACUAGAAAGAGCGGAAUUUGCAUUGUUAAGUGACGGUAUUAUGGAAAAGUGGGCCUGAAGAGUCGUUAAAAAUGGUGCUUGAUCAAAUGAGUGGCUGAUUAUUGCUGGAUGCACAAAAAAAAAUUCUUAGUAUGCCCUAGGCCAUUUACUUGAUACAUGAUACUAAAAAUUGUUGUUGCCCUAUUUAAGAAUUGUGUUCAUUGUUUCUAAUAUCACAUGUUCUUACCAAAAUGUUAAGUAUAGAAAGAGAGUAUGGUUAAUUUAGUCCUAUGGAAUAAUUGUAGAAGAAAGAACUAUUAGAUCCAUUUUCAUCAGAACCAUUAAAGAGAACUAAUGUUGUAUUAUU